UGUGGUUUAUCCCAUAUGGCUAUGCAGUGUGAUUUUGUUUGCUGCUCCUGAUGUUACUCAGACAGAAAACGUGUGCAGUUCAAACUCUAGAGGUCUCCAUCCUGCAACAUCCAAGUCUCCAACAUCUCCAAGAAACAGAGCGAGGGAGACUGGGAGAGCGCUGUGAGCCCAAGAAGCGCACAGCCAGACAAAUGAUAAAGGGAGCUUAGUGUACCGGGGGAUUCUUAUUUAAAAGCGUGAAGACGCACAAAUGCAACCUGAGCACCUAAUUAUGCAGCACGUGGAUGCAAAAGCGUGCUGAAGACAAUUCCGUCUGCGGCGUGUUAGAAUUGCUGCAGGUCCUACCCGUGCUGCUCAGUUCAGUGAGAGAGAGAGAAGGGUUUCUUCCAGGGAGGCAGAACGCUUUCUCUGCGCCUUUAAAAAAGAUUGUCAAAGGAUUUCGUGGCAGUUAUGUCUAACUUUCAGUCACUACUUAUAGUUGUUGCGAGUGUCCUCGCUACCAGCACUCAGUCAGAGAUAAAGGUGGUGGCGGAGACGGACGUGAGCCUGCCCUGCAAGCACCAGCUGGGGCACCUGGACUCCAGGACUCUGGACAUCGAGUGGCUGCUACAGGGUGCCGACCAGAGCCAGAAAGUGGUGAUCUCAUACACAGGGGGUCUGGUGUACGACAACUUAAAUGACAACCAGAAGGGCCGCGUGUCCUUCGCCUCGGACUACCUGACAGGAGACGCUUCUCUCAGGAUCUCCGCCCUGAAGAUCAGAGACUCAGGCCAGUACACCUGCAAAGUGAAGAAUGGAGGACAGUACUUCUGGAACCCCAUCAGCCUCAUAGUCUUGGUCAAGCCUUCCAAACCCCGGUGCUGGCUUGAAGGGAAGCUGCUGGAGGGGAACGAUGUGACGCUGGGGUGCGGGUCGGCCGACGGCACCGAUCCCAUCACUUACAAAUGGGAGAGAGUCCCGGAGAAAGGGAAGAGCCGGAGCUAUCUGCCCCCACAGUCACGCAUUGACUUGAAUCACCCAGAAAUCGUCAUUCUGAGAAACCUGACCAUGGACAGUAUAGGAACCUACCAGUGCACCGCCAGCAAUGAAGCUGGGCAGGACAGCUGUAUUAUCCAAGUCACCAUGCAUUAUGUGAGAGGAGUGGGUGUGGUGGCCGGGGCUGUGGUGGGAGUUGUGUUCGGAGUCCUGUGCAUUGUAUUAGUCGUCUGGCUGAUCCUGCACAAGAAAGAGAAGAGGAAAUACGAGGAAGAGGAGACACCCAACGAAAUCAGGGAGGACGCUGAGGCCCCGAAAGCUAAACUGAUGAAGCCAAACUCGUCCACCUCCUCCAGAUCUGGCAGCUCUCGAUCGGGAGCCUCCUCCACCCAGUCCAUCGUGCACAACAGCACCACCCGCAGCCAGCGGCUCCGCCCUGCAGCCACCCUCAAGGAGAACGGAGAGCCGCCCACCUACUCGCAGGUGGUGAGCAAGGAGCCGGAGCCAGAGCCAGAGCCAGACACCGGCAAAAUCAGCAACGCCACCCUGGAAAGAAUGGGAGCCACCGCAGUGAUGAUCCCUGCACAGUCCAGAGCCUUCCAAACAGUGUAGGAAAGAAGCAAAGGAAUAAGGGUCCUAUAACUCCGAAAAACAUGAACACGAAUCAACUGAAGAAAAGGGAUCAUUAUGCUAUAGGGAAACUUAAUAAUGCUCAAUGGCUAAAAUGGGGACUGAAAUAAAGGGAUCGUUGCUGGACACUUUAAAGGGAUUUAAAAGGGAAUUCAGAAAACCGCUUGCCCUCGUCCCAUAAGCCCAAAAGGAACUUGCUAAAGUCUUGCUGGAAAUGGACACACAUUUUCAUUAAGUUUUAUUGUACGGAUUUCCAUCAGAGUAUGAAAUAAUUUAAAGUAUUUUUUUUUUCUAUUAGAGUAGGGGGCAAAAAAGGAAAAACACUGAUCGUUAAGUUUGGUAAAGUGGUUGGGGGAUAACGGCUGAGUAUUUCAAACAAAAAUAUAUAUAUGACAUAGAAUUAAUAUACAAAGUGUUACCUUACAUAACGUCCCGUUGAAUAUAGAGCCAAAGACAUUCCUGCUGCCAGGGCGUCAAAUUGUCGACAAUGCGUUUCAUGUUGCAUUUAGUGAGCCUCACUAGGGGAUUGUGGAAGAUCACACCAAGAUCCACUCAUGCGCAGCACAGGAAUCACUGCAAGACUGACCCUCAGCUUUCUUAGAAAGACAAUGAACCUCUGGCCUCACAUGACUUUGCACGUCAGCAUUGGAGAGUCUGGACAUUGCUCAUAGCAUGUGCAGCUUUAGGCUGUUGUUCAUCACCCUCCAGUCAGAUAUAGACAAAGAAAUGCACCUGAUUGACGUGUCUGAGGGACCCCAAUCGUCCAUCACUUUGCUUUGCGUUGCUGUGUGAAGAGCUGGAUACACCUAUACACCACAAAAUGUUACAACGUCACACUACAGAAAAAUCACAUGGGGUCAUUUGAAUGCCACAAUACUGCAUCUUGAACUGUCACAUGUGCCGUCCAUAUUUUAAACUUCCACUGUUAGAUGUUUUUUCCUGUCUAUUGCGAUAUACCACGAUGAGGGCAGAGCAAUGUGUAGUAAAUCGUAGUGAAAGCAUGGUUAAAAAUAACGGUAAAGGCAAGUGUGUGAAAAGCAUGGUAAACUGCUGUUCGUCGUGAUGGUUUUUUUACAUGGGAUUGCUAAACCCUAGCUGGCCAAGUACUGUGUCUGCAUCUUGGAAGCUUUCAAAAGCAAGACUUUGCAGAAGCAGUGACACUGGAAAUGUAUGAACUGGUCCUGGGUCUUGGCGUGGCUCAUCACUGCUGUUUUAAUGAAUGCUAUAUAUGUGUAUUACAGCUCGACAUUAGCACCUGACAAUCCACUAUUAAGCGCUACAGCCCACCAGAGUCAGUUUUAAAAGAGUUCAGACAAUACAUUUCAUUGAUAAAAAGAAUGAUUAUGCUGUUCAAACCAUUUCCGACUUUACUACUGCAUAAUUAAUCACCCCAGAAACCCUGUCCACCCUACUAAGUAAUGCUUUAUCAACACAUUGAAACCCCAUGACUGCUAUUCUUCAUUCACAUGUUUUAAAUGUAAUUAAGUUUAAGCCUGUAGCUGUCAGGCUUGUCUUUCCUUAUAUGCAUGUCUUCUGGUCAUACAGGCCACAAUUAAAAGGGAGUGUACUGUGCAGCUCCUUAUUAUACUUACUGUAGUAGUUGUGAUUCUAAAGAACGAGUGUGCGGAAUGUGCAGGAGAUUACAAAACUAACUAACCCAUAAAGCAGCCCCAGACAUGUCUUACAGAUGUAAACGUAUGUACUGUGUACUUUAACAUCAGUAGGAGCUUGCUCACCCAAUUCUACUGAACCCAAUAAAUAAGCAAAGAUUUAGCUAAAUACAUUGUAGCAUUUCAAAUUGAAUUACGCUUGCAAUCAAAUAUUUUUUACUGCUGAAUUCUGGUGUUUAUUGUUACAUUCCAAAAUAAUGAAUACGAACGGCCUUAUUGAAUGUGCUUUCUGAGUACUGACAAUACAGGAAUGUGUGUGUGUGUGUGUGUGUGUAACUUGUAGGCUGGCACUGAUUUCCACUGUGCCAUUCCAGGGCUGCCCGUCUUGAACAUAACAAGCCAGAUUCCUGUCCUCUGCUCCCCAGCAGCCAAUCUUGUUAUUUUUAUUCCUUCAAAAGAGAUUUGAUGGAUACAAUGCCAGGAAAUAUUAAGAGUGACUGAUGGUGUAACAGCCUAAAGGAAAGCUCUUUGGUGACGUGAAGUAUCCCCGGCAUACAACUCCAGGACAUCUCUCCACCUAAUCCGAGUGGAUGUGUGCUCACCAGGGCAGGCAUUGUUCUCAAUGUUUAUCACAAAAGUGAAGUAUUAUUUUCAUCUGAAGACUCAAUAGAAUUGCAAUGGUGCAUUUUCUUUUUUCUAGAUUUUCUCAUUGAAAACAGCGCCACCAGGUGGCCAACUACACAUGCAGCCAGUUUCACAGAGCCGAACAGAGAAACAGUGAGGUGUCUCUUACACAGUCACAGCCAUGUAGCUAGUUACGGCAAGUGACACGUUUUUUAAAAUCCGUACCAUCAGCAGUAUCACGGGUCCCCUUUGCUCGUUUUAUACUUUCAUUUUGACAUAUGAAGAUGUUUGAAAUACAACUCUGUAUAACUGAGCAUUGCUGUUGCUUUCUGGUACUUAACCACCCCGUGCUGCAGGUUCCAUAGUGUAUUGUCAAAGCAGCUAUUUGAAAACUGGCUUCAUCUGUCAGCCACUAUCCCUUGUUAAACGAUCUUGUACUGAAAUGGCACAGCUCUGGCAAUGCAACGUUUCUGUAAGAAGGAGCGACAGUGGCGCUGCAGCGAGAUGAACAGAUGGUGGAAGGGUACCACAUUGGUAAUAUUCUAAUGUUUUCACAUCCCAACAGGGUUGAGUCAAUUCCAUUUCCCUUUGAAUCAAUUCCAACACAUCAUUGAUCAAAAUUGCAAUUAGCAGAAUUCUGUUAAAAUGAGCUUCUCACAGUGGCAACAAACUGAAGUCGCUGUUAGUCAAUUAAAUUGGCUUCAAAUGAAAGCAGCUGAACAAUCGCAUCAAUUAUUAACGCCUCAAAAAUAUCAAUUCCUUCAAAAGGAAUUGGUAAUUGAUUUUACAAAAGGAAUUGGAAUGGAAAAACAGGAAUUUACCCCAAUUCUGCAUCCCAGUGGCAUCUCCUUCCUAUUACAAAGAACUAAGCUAGUACUUUACUGUUGAUGAAAUUCAACACAUCAAAUGGAAAUGUAUUCCACUAAGACAUGCAAGAGUGUGCUUAUGAGGUGGAUGUUCCUCAGUGCAUGAAAAUGACUAUUAGAAAGGGAAUAACGGGACUAUUAAUAUUACUCACUGCAGUAACCCUUAAACACAUGGAAAUAUAAAACAUGUUAAGAUACAGUUGGCAUAGCAGUCUCGUUUACUAUGUUUGUCAGGCUGUAAAUCAUGCUCAGUGUAGCCUCUAAAUAAACACAUGAUUAUAAGGGACACACCAUUAUACCCAUUGCAUACUGUCAUUUACAUGUUCUUUCUUUGUUUAAAAAUCAUGUAAAUACACCCUUCACCAUUAAAUUGUAUAUUUUUACAAUAGCUCAACUAUUAUUGUUUUAUUUGUAAUAAAAUAUUCAAUUGCAAUUAA